GUUAAACCCCCCUCUCCUUCGAAGGAGCAAAAACCCUCUUCCAUUUCUCUCUCUAAAAAUCUCAACUUUGAACGGAAUAUUCUCUUUCUACACUCUUUAAUCCGUUGUUUCGCUUUCAAUUUCACAAACCCUAGUAAAUACGUGUGCUAAUCAGCAUUCAUCAGUUACGAAUCUAGGGUUUCUGUGAGCAAAAAUGUCUUCUUGGGAUAGCGAGAUUGUUCUGCGUGAUGUUUCCAAUGCUUGUCUCGUAAUUACUGACCGCAUUGGACGAGAUGUCUCCGCGCAACUUGAUCUCGAAGAAUCUCUUGAAGCGUCUAGAUACACUAGUCAUCCAUAUGCAACUCAUCCUAGAGAGUGGCCUCCUUUGGUUGAAGUGGCGAAUACCUGGGAGCUACCUCCUAUACUUAUUGAAAGAUACAAUGUAGCCGGUGGGGAAGGAACUGCUUUAUGUGGAAUUUUCCCAGAGAUUCGCAGGGCUUGGGCAUCUGUAGAUAAUUCCUUGUUUUUGUGGCGCUUUGAUAAGUGGGAUGAUCAAUGUCCUGAAUAUAAUGGGGACGAACAAGCUAUUUGUGCUGUUGGUUUAGCCAGCAAACCUGGCGUUUUUAUUGAAGCUAUUCAACACCUUUUGAUCUUAGCUACUCCUGUUGAGUUGAUACUUGUAGGUGUCUGCUGUUCUGGAAAGAGUGAUGGUACAGACCCAUAUGCAGAAGUUUCACUCAAACUUUUUCCAGAGUAUACAGUACCCUCUGAUGGGGUUACAAUGACAUGCAUCACAUGUACUGAUGGGGGUCGUAUUUUCCUGGCUGGACGUGAUGGCCAUAUCUAUGAAUUACUUUAUUCAACUGGUUCGGGAUGGCAAAAACGCUGUAGAAAAAUUUGUGUCACCUCAGGAUUAGGAAGUGUCAUUUCAAGAUGGGUAGUUCCCAAUGUAUUCAAAUUUGGAGCUGCUGACUCUAUUAUCGAAAUGGUUGUUGAUAAUGAGAGGCAUAUCCUGUAUGCACGCACAGAGGAGAUGAAAAUCCAAGUGUUUUUUCUUGGAAUUAAUGGUAAUGAUGCACUCAAAAAAGUUGCAGAAGAGAAAAAUCUAGUUAACGUGAGAGAUGCAAAUUUUGGUGGUAGACCUGCGGCUGGAUCAAGACCCCUAGCUAGACCAGCAAAGACAUCAAUUGUUUGCAUUUCUCCUCUUUCAACACUGGAAUCGAAGGGGCUGCAUCUUGUUGUUGUUCUAUCUGAUGGCAGAAGAUUGUAUUUAACAACUACUUCAUCUAGUGGAAAUAAUGGUGGUAUUGCUGGGUUGAGUGCAUUUGAUGCCAAUAAUCACAAGCCAUAUUGCUUGAAAGUUGUGACAACCAGGCCUUCUCCUCCUCUAGGCGUAGGUGGAGCUUUUGGACCGAUAUCUCUUGCUGGGCGUUCUCAGGAUGAGGAGCUGUCACUAAAAAUUGAAUCCUCAUAUUAUUCUGCUGGAACUCUCAUUCUCUCUGAUUCCUCGCCGUCAACCAUGUCACCUCUUCUUAUUGUAAACAAGGAUUCAAGCACACAAUCUCCUUUAAGUAAUUUUGGAACAGGUGCAAGAAGUUCUCGGGCACUUCGAGAGUUUGUAUCUUCACUACCCGUUGAGGGUCGUAUGCUGUUUGUGGCCGACAUUUUACCCCUACCAGAUGCGGCAACUGCUAUGCAGUCGUUAUAUUCUCAAUUAGAAUUUUGUGGGUUUGACAAUUUUGGGGAAGAUUCUGUAAAGGAAUCAGGAACUUGGGCUAGAGGGGAUCUUUCAACUCAACAUAUAUUACCUAGAAGAAGAAUGGUUGUAUUCAGCACAAUGGGGAUGAUGGAACUAGUCUUCAACAGGCCAGUUGACAUCCUGAGGAAAUUGUUGGAGUCUAGUCUGGCUAGAUCAACCUUGGAGGAAUUUUUCAACCGAUUUGGAGCUGGAGAGUCAGCGGCAAUGUGCUUAAUACUUGCUUCUAAAAUAGUCCAAACGGAAAAUAUCAUCAGUAACUUUGUUGCAGAGAAGGCAGCUGAGGCUUUCGAGGAUCCAAGACUUGUUGGAAUGCCAUUGCUGGAAGGUGGUAGUGGUGCAUUAUCGAACACCAGAACUGUUACUGGUGGAUUCAGCAUGGGCCAAGUUGUCCAAGAGGCUGAGCCUGUUUUUUCAGGUGCACAUGAGGGGCUCUGUUUGUGCACAUCGAGAUUACUUUUGCCUUUGUGGGAGCUUCCAGUUAUAGUGGCAAAAGGCUCGAGUGCUUCCAGUCUUGCGGCUGAAAAUGAAAUGGUUUCAUGCAGGCUAUCGUCGGGUGCAAUGCGAAUUCUCGAGGAUAAAAUUCGUUCUUUGGAGAAGUUUCUUAGGUCUAGGAGGAAUCAGAGAAGGGGGUUGUAUGGUUGUGUUGCGGGAAUUGGAGACGUGUCUGGUUCAAUUCUGUUUGGGGCUGGUUCAGAUUUGGGUGCUGUAAGGAACUUAUUUGGUACAUAUUCUAGGAAUGUUGGAUCUGCUGAUGUCGUCUCAUCAAAUAAGAGACAAAGACUCCCAUAUAAUUCCACUGAAUUAGCUACAAUGGAAGUGAGAGCAAUGGAGUGUAUCAGGCAGUUACUUCUUAGGUCUGCUCAAGCUCUUUUUCUUCUUCAACUAGUUUCCCAGCAUCAUCUCACACGCUUGGUUCAAAAUUUUGAUGCUACGCUAAAGCAAGCACUGGCUCAGUUGACAUUUCAUCAAUUAGUUUGUACUGAAGAAGGGGACCAGCUUGCUACAAGACUUAUAUCGGCUUUAAUGGAGUAUUACACUGGUCCAGAUGGCAGGGGAACCGUGGGUGACAUAAGUACUAGGCUAAGGGAGGGAUGUCCAAGCUACUAUAAGGAGUCAGAUUACAAAUUUUAUCUUGCUGUAGAAUGUUUAGAAAGAGCUUCUGUAUAUUCCUGAUGCGGAGGAGAGGCAAAACCGUGCCAGAGAAGCUUCAACCACUUAAGUAAGAUUCCUGAAUCUGCAGAUUUACGAACAGUCUGCAAACGUUUUGAAGACUUGAGAUUUUAUGAAGCAGUUGUUCGUUUGCCCUUACAGAAGGCUGAGGCUCUUGAUCCUGCUGGUGAUGCCUAUAAUGAACAGAUAGAUGGUGGAGCUAGGGAGGGACGUGCUCUUGCUCAACGUGAACAGUGUUAUGAAAUUGUGACUUCUGCUUUGCGUUCUUGAAAGGUGGAACUUCUCCAUAGUAGGGAGUUUGGUUCUCCUAUUAGGCCUGUGGCACAAUCAACACUUGAUCCAGCCCGCAAGAAGUAUAUUCAUCAAAUUGUUCAACUUGGCGUUCAGUCAGCUGAUAGAUCGUUUCACGAGUUUCUAUACAGGACAUUAAUUGAUCUGGGCCUCGAAAAUGAGUUGUUGGAGUAUGGAGGUCCUGACCUAGCCCUUUUUUACAGAAUGCUUCUGCGUGAACCUGUACAAGAGGUUAGUAUUUUUACCCUUUUCUGCCAGUUGGACUUCAAAAUUUCACAUAAUCAAGAGAAUCAAGUAAAAUAUUCUGAACUCCUAGCACGAUAUUAUGUCCUGAGAGGCAACAUGCUCUUGCAGCUCCAUGUGCUGUUAAGGCUAACAGAAAGGAGAUCUGGUGAUGGGAGCAGAAUUGCGCCUACAUUAGAGCAGAGGUGUCAAUACUUGAGUAAUGCAGUCUUACAGGCGAAGAAUGCCAGUGACAAUCCAGAUGUCUCCAAUCGCGGUGCUUAUGAUGAUGGGCUGCUUGAUCUCCUUGAAGGAAAGCUUGCUGUUCUUAGGUUUCAAAUCAAGAUCAAAGAGGAACUGGAGUCCAUUGCCUCUAACAUGGAGGCUUCCCCUAGUUCGGCUGAGUCUACUCUUAAUGAUUCAUCAGUAGAUGCUAACUUUUUGCAUUCUGUCGGAGAAAAGGUCAAGGAGUUAUCAACAGAUCUUAAAAGCAUCACUCAACUAUACAAUGAGUAUGCCGUUCCAUUUGAGAUUUGGGAGAUCUGCUUGGAGAUGCUAUACUUUGCGAACUAUUCUGGUGAUACAGAUAACAGUAUUAUAAGGGAGACAUGGGCUAGACUGAUGGAUCAGGCUCUCUCAAAGAGUGGGAUUGCAGAAGCUUGUGCAGUCCUUAAAAGGGUUGGUUCUAAUGUUUACCUUGGAGAUGGAGCUGUUGUACUACCAUUGGAUAGUUUGUGUCUUCACCUCGAGAAAGCUGCCUUGGAGCGGUCAACUUCAGGGGCUGAAUCUGUUGGAGAUGAAGACAUAGCAAGAGCUCUUCUUGCUGCUUGUAAGGGUGCUAUAGAACGUUUGAAUUCCUACGACCAACUUCUAUCGAAUGGAGCAAUUUUGCCAUCAGCAACUCUAAGAUUGCGCAUGCUUCGUUCGGUCCUGGUUGUGCUUCGCGAGUGGGCCAUGUCUACAUUGGGUACAAAUAGUAGGGCAGGGGCCUCCCUAAUUAAUAGCCGAUCAUACUUACCUGAUCAAACUACUGCCCUUAACCAAGGGACUCGUGAUAAGAUCACAAGUGCUGCGAACAGGUAUAUGACUGAAGUAAGGAGAUUGCCACUUCCCCAGAACCAAACAGAAGGUGUUUAUCGCUGUUUUAAAGAGCUGGAAGAGUUUGUGUUGAGCCCAUAUCCUUACAGACGGUUCUAAUUCUUCUCGGGUUAU